UAUAACGUUAGAGAAUAUUUUUUAUGGGAAUAUUUGUGAAAAUCAGGAGUUCGUUCCUCUUGGAUAUGAAUUACAGACAAUGAGCAAUCAAGGUGUUUAUAGUCCCUAUAGUGGAUCUCAAGCAACAGCAAGUGUUGGGUCACCAAUGUCUACUUCAUUGUCACCAUUACAUGGUACUGACUUUAUAUCAAUAAAAAAUUUACAUAAUUUUCCUGGAACUGCUAUAAUACGAUGUACAUUGGUUACAUCUGAUGAAAGUCAAAGAAUUCCUCAUGCUCAUAGAUUAGUGCAUAGAGAUGGUGGUAUUGAUAAUGAUGAUCCAUAUGAUGUCUUGGUAUCUCCUGAAAUUGGAUAUAUUGCAAGAUUUCAUGGAAUGGGAAUUAUACAUACUGCAAAAAAGUAUGUUAGAGAUGAACUUAUAAGAAAGAUGAGAAGGGAAGCUUUGGAAAGAAGUAAGAAGAAUAAUAUAGGACCAACUCUUAGUGCCAGAGAAGAAGCACAAAUCAAAGCUGAUGCUGAAUAUUAUCAAAAAUAUGUGAAUUUGAACAGUGUUGCAUUAUGCUUUCAAGCAUUUGCUGGAGAUGAACAUAAUAUUAUGACUCCAAUAACAGAACCUGUUUAUUCUCAUGCAAUUAAUAAUCUCAAGAGUGCAUUGACAGGGGAACUUAAAAUAUGCAGAAUUGAUAAACACACUAGUAGUGUUGAAGGAGGAGAAGAAGUAUUCAUACUUGUAGAGAAAGUAGGAAAAAAAAAUAUUAAGAUCAAAUUUUUUGAAUUAAAUGAAGAUGACCAUGAAAUCUGGUGUGAAUAUGGACGUUUUUCAGAAUUGGAUGUGCAUCAUCAAUAUGCGAUUGUAUUUCGGACUCCGGCAUAUAGAGAUCUUAGUAUUACUUCAGCAAAAGAGGUUUUUAUACAAUUAGAACGACCAUCUGAUGGAGAUUGUUCUGAAGCAAUAAAGUUUACUUACAAACCAAGUGAUAGAAUUAUAGGCAAAAAACGUCAACGAAUAUCGUACUCCGGAAGUACAGAAUUAUCAUAUAUAGUACCAGAUAAAACUUGCAAUUACAAUAGUACAGAGAAUAUAUCAGAAGUUUUAAGUGGGGAUAGCAGAGAGUUAGAAAAAAUAUUGUCUGAAAAUAUUAUGUUACCAGAAUGUAAAAAUUUUCUAUCAAACAUGGACGUUGCGUCAUUUCUAAAACAUGUUUGCAAUAGUGAAGAAAAUAUGCUAACUUCUGAUGGCCCAUCAAAUAAACAAAUUGAAGAUGAAACAAUGUUUGCUAGAAAUAUACUUGUUGAGAUUAUACAGUGUAUGAAAAUGGAUGUAAAAAAUAUGAAAGAACAUAUUGUAAAGUUAUUCAAAGAUCGGUCGACCUAUGGGGAUUCUCCAUUACACGCAGCACUUCGCUAUGGCCAACGCGAUAUUGUCAAAUAUUUUUUAAUGUUAAUAGGUGCUAAUAAAGAUUGCAAGACCAUUGUUAAUAGCCAAAAUAGUUCUGGGAAAACGCCAUUGCAUUAUGCUGUUUUACAAAAUCAACCAGAAAUUACAAAAGCAUUACUUAUGCUUGGUGCAGAUCCCAAUCGAACAGAUGAGCAAGGAUAUUCUCCGUUACACGCUGCAGUAAGAAUUUCUGAUGCUGGUGUUUGUGUUGACAUGUUACUAUCAGUAAAAACAAUUAACAUUGAAGCAUAUAAUGAUGCUGGGUGGACAGCAUUACAUCUUGCAGCAGAAGCAGGAUCAUAUCAUGCAGUAUGCUCACUUGUUCAAGCUGGAGCAAACGUGAAUAGUGCAGAUAUGUCUUAUGGUCGAACAGCUUUGCAUAUAGCUGUUGAGGGUGGACACAAGAAUAUUGUCGAAUAUUUACUUAAAAAGACAAAUAUAGCUGUGAAUAAAAGAAACUUUAGUGGAAAUACUGCUUUGCACACUGCAGUUGUACAAUCUGGAAUAAGAGCAAAAGAAUUGUGUGCAUUAUUAAUACAAUAUGGUGCAGAUCCACACAUUCAGAACCAUAAUCGAGAUGCAAAUGAAGUGGAGAAAACGAAGGAAUCACACAUUAAUGUCAAAGUAGAAGUGGAUUCAGAAGAUGAAAAUGUUGAAGAAGCUAUUGGACAAUCGUCGUUUGAUUUAGCUAUGAAUAAACCAGAUAUUUUACAGCUUUUUAAUGGUCAAACUGAAGAAGCCACAAGUGAUACAUGUUCAAUUACUACUAAAGUGGAACUCAAAGAUGAAAAUUUACAAACAAAUUGGUUAACUAAUGAACACAAAGAAAAAUUAUCUGUCAUUUUAAACAAAACACAAGGAUGGAAAAAACUUGCAAGAUAUUUAAAUCUUGAAUACUUGUUGAAAGCAUUCCAAAAUAGUCCAUCAGGUCCAUCUAUGCUCCUCUUAAAUUACAUAGAUGUGCAGGCAUCUUUAUCUAUCAUUGAUAUGCAAGCUGUGUUAAAAGAAAUUGGAGAGAAGGAUGCAGCAGAUUAUAUUAAUGAAAUUUCAUCUUUACAUUCAUAA